AUGGAUAACCUUACAGAUCUCAAUCUUGCCGUCAAUGAAGAGACUGGCGUUGCUACUAUUCAGUUCAACAGACCUGCAAAGCGCAAUGCUUUUGCGCAAAAGACAAUUAAUGAGUUAGUGGCCACUUUGGCUUACCUCGACUCAGUGGAGACUGUCCGCGCUGUUGUUCUGACUGGUGGACCAGAGGGCCAUUUCUGCGCUGGAAUGGACCUCAAUGAGCUUGUUGAACUCUCUACCUCUAAAGCUCAUCAAAUCGCAUUUCUUAAGGAUCUAACCGAUGCUCUUGAUCGAUUCACCAAGCCCAUCAUCGCUGCCGUUGUAGGCUAUGCGCUUGGCGGUGGAUUUGAGAUUUCUCUUGCAUGCGACAUCAUUUACGCCGCCGAAGAUGCCAUGUUUGGUCUUCCCGAGGUCAAGAUUGGAACGAUCCCUGGAGCUGGGGGUACACAGCGUCUAGCCCGCGCCCUGGGCAAGCACAAGGCAAUGGAAUUCGUAUUGACCGGUGAACCUGCCAGCGGCGCAGAAUUCGAGCGUCUUGGAGUCGUCACCAAGGUUUUCCCCAAGGCGGAUGUUUUACCUGCCGCAACUGCUUUAGCCGAAAAGAUUGCAAAGCUUUCGGGACCAGUUAUUAAAACGGCUAAACAAGCUGUAUUGACAGUGGAAAAUAGCACCCUGAGCGCUGGCAUGACCCAUGAAAAGGCCCUGUACUAUUCCACUUUUGGCCUAAAUGACUUUCAGGAGGGAAUCCAAUCUUUCCUUCAAAAGAGGGCUCCCACAUUCAAGCAUUCUUAA